AGGUUGUCCGAUCAAUCGAGGCUUGCGGCUCCAACAACGGAAGCAUCAAGUACAAGGAGGGCCCACCUACCAUCACUGGUGCUGGCGUCCAGUAGAUACAUUUCGCACCUGUCAGUGAGAUCCUAUGACUCUGUGGGCAGCUAUGAAUGAACGAAAUCUGAGCAGUCUAACGUGCGUUUUCAUGCUAUUGAUAAACUUUCUUCCACCUUGCGCAUGCGGCAUUUGUCCUGCGGUCUGUGACUUUUUUGUCGCAAGGAGGGGCAAUUUUUACCCCGCACUCGUCAUAAGUUUGUACAUUCCACACCACAACAACUUACGCGGAAACGUCCUUCAAGUGGCUUUGGCAUCGAUUGAGUUCAUGCUAGUCGAUGGACUUGUGACUUUUUGUUUACGUCUAAUCUAUAGACGAGAUUAUUGGGGCCUCGUCCCACAAUGCCAUCACCUUGAUAGCUCUGUAUACCCACUCCAUCCCCAGCUCUGCCACGAUUGUGUCCACAAAUUGCCGGUACAGCUCCACCCUAAUGGCGUGAACGGCUAGAUCUAGCGGUCUUCGUCCGCAAUUUCGCCGUCUAGGGCGUGAUGUCGACAUCUUCGACAUUUCGACAUUCUGACAAAACGACUGUAACACGC